AUGUCGGUCGAUAUCGAGCCGUUCGAGCUUUCCUUCAGACGUCCUUUCACGUCCGAGGUUGCGCAGACCCUCACCAUCAAGAACCCGAGCUCGACUCCCGUCGCUUUCAAGGUCAAGACUACCGCCCCCAAACAAUACUGUGUCCGACCAAAUGCAGGCCGCAUCGAGGCCGGUCAGAGCUUCGAUGUUGCCGUUCUGCUCCAGGCUAUGAAGCAGGACCCUCCCCCGGAUGCUCGAUGCCGUGACAAGUUCCUCGUUCAAUCUGCCCCCAUCACCGCCGAAAAGGAGUUUGCUAGUAUCGCCAACGUGCUGGAAACAACGGAAAAGAGUCAACUCGUGGAGCGCAAGAUCCGGGUCAACUGGCUGGCGGCGAACCCCGAGCUUGACGAGUCUGCCAACCGCCCGGUAGCUACGCCUAACAAGCAGGCCAUUGCUAACGGCGCCACCGAUACCCCCGACAUCUCACGCACAUACUCUUCCCCUGUUGCUAAGGAGGAGUCUCCCUCCGCCGCGGCUCCACCACCCUACCAAUCCGAACAUGUCCCCGAGGAAGACGAGAAGCCCCAGGCCGCGGAGGACCCCGAGCCAAAGAGCACAGUCGCCCAGGCUACAGCGGCCGUCAAGGAGGCUGCGGAGGUGUCUUAUGAGGAGCUCAAGGCCAAACUCGCCCAGGCAGAGGCUCAGAUCGUGUCACUUAGGGAGACUGGCCUCCGACAGCGCAACGUCAAGCCGGCUUCGAGCGAAGAUGAGAAGCGCCCCAUGCUCCAGACUGCCCAAGCAGUCCAGCAGACCGUCGAAGGCGUGCCGGUGCAGAUGGCAGCAAUCCUCUGCUUGAUCAGCUUCCUGCUCGCCUACUUCUUCUUUUAG